GGGUAAUGGCCGCCAUCAGGGACUCGCAGGCAAUGGGGACCACGACAGAUAAUCAUCUCUUCCUUUGAUCACGGUUGCUGAUUGUGACAUUGUCCAAGCAUUAAAUUGUGUGCCUUUUAUUCCUUCAAGAAAGAGGUGAAAUGAUGUGGGGAAAAUUCUGGUUAUUUUGAAGAUGUCUCGACACAGUAUCAUUUCCUGUUUAAAUUACAGAUAACUUCAGAGAUUUUCAGAACAAAACAAACUGAGAUUUUUAAUUAAAUCAUGCCAUCUGAACAGAAACAGUUUUUUUGUGAUGAAAACCAAACUACAUUUAAAAAAGAAAAUGAUGUGGAAAAGGUGAUAUCUGAUCCUAUCAGAUCAGCACCUAGACCAAAAAUUUCAGAAAGUAGUUUUCAUUAUGAUCUUAAAAAUGUGAAAAUUGAUUUGCCGAAGAUAAAUAUUCCAAAUGAAGUCCUAGUGAAAAGUGAAGUUGACAAAUAUAGAAAAUUAUUUCAGAGUAAACCACAGACUGCAAGAAAAUCUAUCAGUGUAAAGACUGUGAGCUGUGUAGAGGAGUGCAUAUUACUUCAUAAGUGUGAGAGACCUGAAGAAGAGGGUAUAAAAAUGUCUGCAAAAAUACUCAAUUUCAGCUGUUUAAAAUGCCAAGACAGCACUCUGUAUAGCCCAAAUGAUUUGCAGAAACACUUUCAAAUGUGGCACCAUGGUGAAUUGCCUUCAUAUCCUUGUGAAAUGUGCAGUUUUUCAGCAAAUGACUUCCAGAUAUUUAAACAACACAGACGAACCCAUAGGAGCACUUUAGUAAAAUGUGAUAUUUGUAACAAUGAGCGUGUAUAUACUUUAUUGGAUUUGACAAAGCAUUUCACAUCUACACAUUGUGUUAAUGGUAAUUUUCAAUGUGAAAAAUGCCAAUUCUCCACCCAGGAUGUUGGCACAUUUGUCCAGCACAUUCAUAGACAUAAUGAAGUUCAUUAUAAAUGUGGUAAAUGCCAUCAUGUAUGUUUUACCAAAGGGGAGCUUCAGAAGCACCUUCAUGUGCAUUCUGGCACUCUUCCCUUCACUUGUCAAUAUUGUAGCUAUGGUGCCACCCGUAAAGACUAUCUUGUAAGACAUGUUAUAACUUUGCACAAAGAACACUUGUAUGCAAAAGAAAAACUGGAAAAAGAUAAAUAUGAAAAAAGGAUGGCAAACACUUCAUCGGGACUCAAGUUAAUACUGAAAAGAUAUAAAAUAGGUGCAUCAAGGAAGACAUUCUGGAAACGUAAGAAAAUUACUAAUGGAAGUGACAGAAAUAUAGAAGAAAACACUCAAGUGCUUAAUAAAAUGAAUAAAACACAGACCAAAUCUGAAGACCAGAGCUAUCUUGGUGAAGAACAUUUAAAUGAGGAAAAGGGUGAAAGACUACACUGUGAGAAUAGUGAUGAGCCUGCAGAGUUGGAGUCAGGAAAACCAGCUCUUUUGUCCACUGGGCAAUGUAAUAGAGCUGAGGAGGGAUCCAAUGCUACUUCCGGUUUUUUGAAGACUGCUCUACAAGGACCUACAGUAUUAAUGGUGAAAAAUAAUAAAAUAACAAUUCCUGCUAACUAUAGUGCUAAGUUUAUGGGCUUCAAGAUGGUAGAUGGAAAACAGCAUAUUGUAAUAAAAUUGUUGCCCACAAAUAAGCAGAAUUUAUACUCGCCCACCUCACACUCAGAUGCUGCAAAAGACAGUACUACUAAUUUGCAGCCCCAGACUUUGGACACACCUGGAUUUUUAACAGGAGUAACAACUGAGAUAAGUGACACAGUUUAUAUGAAACCACCUCCGUUUUCAUGUUCAUCUCCUGUACUUUCAGGGAAAGUAAUUUCAGAGAAAGAAAUGGCUUUUAUAUCAGAAAAGAAUAACAUGCUUCCAACAAUGGAUUAUGGCAAAAGUGUAUCUUCUUUACCAACAACAUCAGAAUUGGUUACUAUGUCAGUGACCACAAAAGUUGAAGCAAGAGAUAAUGUUGACUUAUGGGGAAAUCAUAUCAUUCAGAGUCAUCCUGAGGUGUUAGGUACUACCAUUAAAAGUCCAGACAAAGUCAACCAUACUACCAAACCAAAUGCAUACAACAGUGGAGAUAUGCACAACUAUUGCAUUAAUUAUGUCAAUUCUGAGUUACCUGUUGAGUCCUCCAACCAAGGAUCAUUGCCUUUUCAUAAUUACUCAAAAGUGAAUAACUCAAAUAAACGUCGAAGGUUUUCAGGAACAGCAAUGUGUGAAAACCUUCAGAGAGAAUCUUCAAGCAAAACAGUUCAGCAACCAGUUAGUGAGACAGCUUUAUCCCUAGUGAGGAAGGAGAGCUCAAACCCAGAUAGCCUGUUAUCAUCUGUCAGCUUUUUAAAUGAUAAAGAUGGAAUUUUAAAAAUGAAAGCUGAAGUUGAAGAACAAUGUGUUUUAGAAAAAGGACAAAACAUUGAGGGACAAAACCUGUACACUAAUGAAAACCAAAACUUAGAGAAUGUAACUGAAAAAUCUAACUGGAAUGACAUUUCUAGUGUCGAUUCACCUCUGAUGCCUAGAAUUACAUCUGUUUUUUCUCUCCAGAGCCAACAGGCAUCCGAAUUUUUGCCCCCUGAAGUAAACCAAUUGCUUCAAGAUAUAUUAAAACCAAAAUCUGAUGUAAAACAAGACUCUGACAUUCCAAAUCAAAGCCUGUCACUUCAUUGUGACCAGUCAUUUCAGAAACACGAGGGAGAAGGCACAAUAGUUGAAUCUUCAAAAGACUUCAGAAGGCAAGGCAUCUUCCCACUUCUCUCUAGUAAUGGAGGUGUUGAUGUGCCCCCAAAUGAUCUGAAUUUAAAAUGUAAUGGAAAGGAAAAACAAGUGCUAUCUGUAUCACAAGAUGUGAGAGAUUCAGAGAAGACACCUAGAAUUUCAGGUAUUGGCACAUUACUUAAGACUCAGUCAGAUGCAAUAAUAACACAGCAGCUUGUAAAGGACAAACUACGAGCCACUACACAAAAUUCAGGUUCUUUAUAUAUGCAGAGUCCACUUCUAAACUCAGAACAUAAAAAAACUAUAUUUGUUCAAACUCCAAAAGGUUUUUUUAUACCACUGCAUGUUGCCAAUAAGCCUGGAUUCCAUGUUUUUUCAGGAAGAUCACGUCCACUAGUUAAUACACAAGGUGUACCUCCUCUUUUAAACAAGAAGCCUGGGAUGAUUUUGACAUUUAAUAGUGGGAAACUUGAAGGUCUUUCUACUGUAAAAACUGAGAGUGCUCAAGUUUGUGGAACUGUGACCAAGGAUCCUUGCAAAACAUCUUUUUUAAAGGUAGAACAAAACAACAAUUGUCUAACACCUGCAUUUUGUUCCAGCAUUGGCAGUUGUUUGAGCAUAAAAAGUAGCUCAGAAAAUACAUUGCCAUUAAAAGGCCCUUACAUUAUUAAAACAUCAGCAAGUUCUUCAGUGAAAGCUAUUCCUAUUCCCAAUGCAUUGUCUGAGCAGCAGGGAACAAAGUUAAAUAUCUUGGAUUCAGUAAAACCUCAGAAUGAAAUUUUUUCAAAAACACCACUUUAUACCCUCUUGCCUGAUGGCACACAAGCUGUUUUUUUAAAGUGUGUGAUGCCAAAUAAUGCUGAGCUGCUUAAGCCUAAGUUAGUCCAAAAUAGUUCUUAUUAUCAAAAUAUACAGCCAAAGAGACCUGAAGGAACAUCACAAAAAAUAUUGCUGAAAAUUUUUAACCCUGUGUUAAAUGUGACUGCUGCUAAUAAUCUGUUAGUUAGCAACUCUGCAUCCUCACCACAGAAAGACGGUGUACCAUCUAAUCAGACUAUAGGUGGAGAGCAGAAAGAGCCAGAAUCUUCUAGAGAUGCCUUACCGUUCUUAUUAGAUGAUUUGAUGCCAGCAAAUGAAAUUGUUAUAACCUCUACUGCAACAUGCCCUGAGUCUUCUGACGAACCAGUAUGUAUCAGUGACCAUUCAGAGGCCAGGGUAUUAAGAUGUAAGACAAAUUGUACAAUUGAGAGAAAUUUCAAUAGAAGAAAGACUUCCCAAAAAAAUUUUUCAAAAAUAAAAACAAGUGUAAGAAAUAAAGAUUCUGAAACUGCCUUUGUAGCUAGAAACAGAAACUGUAAACGAAAGUCUAGGGAUAGUUCCCAAGAACCUCCAAGAAAAAAAUCAUCAUUGCAUAGAAAGUGUAAAGAAAAGGCUAAAACUGAAGAUGUUCGUGAAACAUUUGGAUUUAGCAGACCUAGGCUUUCAAAAGAUUCAGUUAGAACUUUGCGGCUUUUCCCUUUUAGUUCCAAACAGCUUGUGAAAUGUCCUAGGAGAAACCAACCAGUUGUGGUUUUAAAUCAUCCUGAUGCAGAUGCACCAGAAGUAGUGAGUGUGAUGAAAACUGUCGCUAAAUUUAAUGGACGUGUACUUAAAGUUUCAUUGUCAAAAAGAACUAUGAAUGCUUUACUGAAACCAGUUUGUUAUAACCCUUCAAAAACAACUUAUGAUGAUUUUUCUAAGAGGCACAAAACAUUUAAACAUGUUAGUUCUGUGAAAGAAAGGUUUGUGCUAAAAUUAACACUCAAAAAGACAAGCAAAAACAAUUAUCAGAUUGUAAAAACUACCUCUGAAAAUGUUUUGAAAACUAAGUUUAAUUGUUGGUUUUGUGGUAGAGUAUUUGACAAUCAGGACGCUUGGGCUGGUCAUGGUCAGAGACAUUUAAUGGAAGCCACUCGGGAUUGGAAUAUGUUAGAAUAAGGUAUUGUAAUUACCAAGGAAAAGAAAAGCAACAUUACCUUAGAAGAAAACACUGGGUUGAAGUACCAUACUACAUGCAGCUUUUACUUGGUAUAGUUCCUGAAAUUAAAUGUUUUAAAAGUCAUAUGUUUUUAGAAGAGCAAAAGCUUUAUGUGUGGUACUUGAAAAUGCCAUCGUUGCACACAUAAGUUUUGGAAGAAACUAAUCAGCACAGAUGUACCUUGAUUUUUUUUAAAGAUGUGUUUGUGGGAAGUUAGGGCUAAAGAAAAUUUUGAUAAAAAGUUUUCCCAAUUUACUUCUUUAGAGACUCUUAGUAGAGGGUAAUGGCCGCUCCAUUCCCUCUCUUCUUCCACCAGCCUUAUAAAUCUGAUAUAUACAGCUCCUCUGAAGAUGGAGAGCUCUUUCACGAAGGAGUUGAGAAAUUUCUCCUCACUUGUGAAGAUAUACUGAGAGCUUGGGUAAAAAAGUUACUUGACAUUUGCUAAAUACAGUUUAAAGGGUAUUAGACUCCUUUGAAAGUAUCUUUUAACUUACUAUAGUUACUACAUCUUAAAUAAAGCUCAGAGUAUGGGGCAAGUAAACCCUGUAUUAUGUUAAGUUCUCUUCUAUGUCAAAAAUUGGAACAUCCUCCCAAUGUGAUUUUGAUUUUCUAAAUGGCCAUGUCAAGUAUUGCAAUAGAUGGGCAGUCUCAAGAGAAUCUCUUUGUCUAGUUUCAAGUCCAGUUAAAGAAUUUCAACGUUUUCCUUAGGCUGAUUAUAUUCUCCAAUGAUCCCAUUGCACAGAAGUGUGCUUAUCUGAAUUAAACUGUUUCCCAAAAACCAAGUGACCAUCUUUUCCUGAUUACCAUCCCUUAACCGUGGAACAUAGAAACACUUCUAAGGGAAUAGAUUUUCUUGAAAAUUAACAUUUUUUUUUUUUUACAGAGAUGAUAUUUUGAAGCACGAUUAGCAAGGCAGAUCAUAUUUUUGUCAGUUUAAUUAGUAUUAUUAUCUGAACAUGUCCAAAUUAGGACAAACCAUUUUUGUUAGCAACUUUUCAGUAUAAUGGACAACCCAAAGCAGAUAUAUACUAAUUGUUGAUGUUGGAAAAUGGGGAAGAAUUAACACUGGACUCUGGUAGUUCAUAAAACUUCAGGACGGAUUCCUAAGGAACAUGCCCAAAGGAGUUUCUGAGUGAACAUUUUCAUAACAAUCAAUAGAUUUAAAUUUUUCACCUUGUAAGUUUGGAUCAAAUUUUGUUGGAUCAUUGGGUAAUGAAGUUCUUAUAUUACAAAAUUGUGUGUUUUAUGGUUUUUGUUAUAUUGUUACUAUAAGUGUUAAAUGAUAUUUUCAU